AACAGGAAGGAGCGAGAUUGGAUGCGCCAUAGCCAUUGUUCUAGAGAGAGAAACAAGAGAGAGGGAGAGAGCAAUGGGUGUUCUUCGAAGAAUAUCAUCAAGAACCUUAUUGUUUCCUAGGGUUCUUGAAUCCGCCAAUAGAUCCUUGAAUACCCUCCCGGUGCCUUCUACUCCCCUCUCCAAUGGCAUUCAUGUAUUAUAUUGUCCUGACAGUGUUGGGAUUGUGGCCAAGAUAUCCGAAUGUAUUGCAUCAAGAGGUGGGAACAUAUUGGAAGCUGAUAUAUUUGUGCCCCAAAACAAAAAUGUGUUCUACUCCAGAAGCGAAUUCGUCUUCGAUCCUACUAAAUGGCCACGGGCACAAAUGGAUGAGGACGUUCUUAACUUAUCAAAAAAAUUCAAUGCAAACAGAUCUGUUGUCCGGGUGCCUUCUUUAGAUCCCAAAUAUAAAAUUGCGGUUCUUGCUUCUAAGCAGGACCACUGUCUUGUUGAUUUGUUGCAUGCAUGGCAAGAUGGAAAACUUCCUGUUGAUAUAAGUUCUAUCAUCAGUAAUCACGAUAGGCUUCCCAACUCCCAUGUGAUUCGGUUCCUUGAAAGGCAUAAUAUCCCAUAUCACUAUCUGUCUACAACAAAAGAAAAUAAAAGAGAAGAUGAGAUAUUGCACUUGGUUCAAGAUACAGAUUUUCUAGUCCUUGCUAGAUAUAUGCAGGUUUUAUCUAGAAGUUUUUUGAAUAGAUACAAGAAAGAUAUCAUUAACAUUCAUCAUGGCUUAUUGCCAUCAUUCAAGGGUGGGAAUCCUUCUAGGCAGGCGUUUAACGCUGGUGUAAAAUUGAUUGGUGCGACAAGCCACUUUGUGACGGAAGAACUUGAUGAAGGACCAAUAAUCGAACAAAUGGUUGAGAGAGUUUCACACAAGGAUAAUUUGCUGAGUUUUGUACAGAAAUCAGAGAAUCUUGAGAAACAAUGCCUUCUAAAAGCGAUAAAAUCCUAUUGUGAGUUGCGUGUUCUACCUUAUGAAGAGAACAGAACCGUUGUCUUUUGAGGCAAAUGGCACACAGAGUUUUGAAGGUGCGGUGUACACGCAUCAUUUGCCUUCAGAUGUCAUGGAAUACCCGGUGAGUUGUUCUCCAUCAAGCCUCUUUUAGGCUAAUGUAUUGUUAGUUGACCCAAGUGGCAUAAGUGUUGAACUAGAAACCUCAUGCUCAAUAUGAAGCCUUAUGCAUUCUCCAUUCUACGUGUUUUUGUAACUGUGGGAGUCCAGGCCAGUUUGUGCAUAGGCGCCUUGAAGUUAACAAUUGGUCAAACCCUCUAGUGGUCCUGAAGGACUUUUAACUCUUGCCGGUUGACCUAUCUUUAU